UCGUCGACGCGGGAGCAUCGCCGUUUCGAAAGAGCCGCGACCUUCUCCCCGUCGCGUCGCGCGCGUCGCGUUCCCCGGUGGUGUUAGGGGGCCGAAGUACGCGCGAGAGGGGCCCGUUCGCGCUCCCGAGGACCUCCGUCGCGGACCCUUUCGUGGAAUUGCCAAUAGCGAUGACAUGAAAACGCCGCCCCGCCGACUCCGUCCCCGUGCGAUUCUCUGGAAUUGACGGAGACGUACGUGCGCAUUAUCACCUCGCCUCCGGUUCUCGCCCACGUCCGCUCCCGUAGACGAUUUUCCGGCCGUUUUCGCGUGCACAUCCCGAAACGGCGUAACGACGAGACAGUGACGCGGCGCGUAAAUACUCCUGAAUCCUUGUGCGGUCCACGAUUCCACGAUGACGAAGGGAUGGUGAUGGUACAGUGAAGCAGUGUCUGAAAACAGUAUUGGCGCCGCGCCGAGUGGAUGAUCGUGCCGGAAGAUUUCGAUUAUUCGAUCGUGAUUGCUGUGAAAUCAAAGUGGAGAACGCAGAAGUACAUCGGAGCGUCGCUGGACAUUCUAGAACUCUGAAAAAUUUUGACAACCGUGCGAAUAUUUCGUUGUUUCGGUUUCGCGGGAGUGGCUAAGUUACCCGUUCAGCAAUAAGUCUUUCACUGCCCGCUCGAAAAAUUAUAAUAAAUUUGAAAAGAGAGAGAAAGAAACUCUGCCAAUCUAAAUAAGAAGAUCAUUGAUCACAGAUACGUAUGCGAAUUCCGUCCUGCAGUGCUUUGCCGAACACAAAUCUUGAAAUCGUGAAACAGAUUCCAGCUCCGUGAUAGAAGCGUUACCCCUGAAGGACGUCAUCGACGGUCUCUCGAGGGUCUGCGUUUAAUUGCCGGUGGCGUUAGACGGAAGGGUCGAAACAGACGGCGAGAGAAAAACACGGUGGAAAAAAAGUCACAUCUACGGGGAAUCGGACGGCUGAUGGGGAGAUGUUACAGUUAAAAGCUGCUCGUGAAGCGCGUCGUCUCGUGGGUGCUACAACACUGCCAUUGUUCGAGCGAGGCUUGUUUACCUAGGCCGCAACACCGACAUCGAUACACAAUUGGAAGGUUGGAAAAAAAAUCUGCAACCUGUCUCUCGCCAACGCGCUCAAUCGAACGAGGAACAUUUUGCGCGGCGGACAGAGAGCGUGAAAGCGAGCGGAUUUGUAUAGACCAAUCGUCGAACGACAGCUAGAAAGGAAUAAAGGGAAGAGGAAGCGAGGAAGCGCCUUUCUCUCGUUUGUGUCCGCCGCUAUCGGAGCACGUUCGAAGUCGAUCCCCUGAGGAAGAGAAAUUGCGAGCCCGGAAAAAUGCGGCGAGAAGCCGCGCCGCGCGGGGCAAAUAACCACGGUGGAAUAUGAUCGAUGGAACGUCCAGCGCAUCGUGUGGAUUGCAUUAAUAACGACGACCACCGGCCUAAUGCAUCCUCAGCGAUCUUAUGGUCGUCGACGUAACGAGAGAUACGAAGACGCCGCUUAGUGUCGGAUGGAAAUGGCAUUGAUCAAUAUGGAUCGCAGGGGAAUAAUCGCCGUCGGAAGAGCCGAGUGAUAACGGCGAUGCGGAGAUCGGCCUAAGUAGAGGGGCCGACAACGCGCGGCCAAUAUAACCAGGUCGAAGUUUAUCGCUAUCGCGACUGACGUCGACGCGCCGCAAUGUAAAGAAACAAGUUUGUUGUUCGCACAAUGUAAAAAAAAAAAAAACAAGUUUGUUGUUCGCAGAUCGCCAGUGAUUCGACAACAUUUCUCGAUCGGUGUGGACGUGAAUAAUAAAUUACAGAUAUCGGAUUAAUUUAUUAUUGAAGCAUCGGUUUUUCGGCGUAGCAGAUGCGGCGGUUCGCACGAGAUACGCGACUCGCGAAACCACGAUACGGUUUCCGCGCUACGCAAUUAACGACGUCGCUCCGUAAUUGGGAGAAUGUGGUAUCGUCGUAGAAUUGUUUUGUGAUAGUGAGGGAAUUAUCAAGCGGUGGGCUCCGUCGUUUCGUUUAGCGCGAUUUUAUCGACGAGGGAAAACUAAUUGAGACGCCCCCCCGCGUUCUCUAAUUUGUGCGACGUUAAAGCGAGAAAUUACGACAUCCCCAUUUCGCGGGUGAGUGGUUGUGCAUGGAUGUACGGUGGUACGAAAGUGAUUCUGUUUCCGAAACGAGAGUACGUGGAAUGUCGCGAUCGUCGAUGCGCGGUGUGUGUUAGUGCAUCCACUCCCGUCGCCAUUUAGCGCCUCCUGAAAACGACUGCGAUGCGUCUGAGAUAGUAUAUCAAUAUGUGAAUGAGCCACGCCGGGGAAAAGCGAUGUCUACUUCUCUUCCCACACUUGUCUGUUUUAUAAUUUGUUUUGGUGGUAUAGCGUCAUGUCUACGAAACUUUCGGACCGAUUUCCUGGAGGAAUGGCCGACGCCGGGCACCGGGCCUCACUUCGACAUCUCUAUGCAAUCAAACUUCACCGGUCUGGUGGGGAAAACGGUGCAUCUCGUGUGCAAGGUGAAGAACUUGGGAAAUCGAACGGUUUCCUGGGUGAGGCACCGAGACAUACAUCUGUUAACGGUUGGUCGUUACACUUAUACCAGCGAUCAACGUUUCGAGGCACUACACUCUCCUCAUACGGAGGACUGGACCUUGAGGAUACGAUAUCCUCAGCGUAAGGAUUCCGGGAUUUACGAGUGCCAAAUAUCUACGACCCCGCCCAUCGGCCACCCCGUGUAUCUAACGAUAGUCGAGCCGGUAACCAUUAUAAUCGGAGCGCCAGACCUCUUCGUCAAUAAGGGCAGCACCAUCAAUCUGACGUGUGUCGUUAAAUACGCCCCCGAACCACCCCCGGCGAUGACCUGGAGUCACAAUUCGGAGGUUAUCAAUUUCGAUUCGCCACGUGGCGGUAUCAGUCUGGUCACUGAAAAGGGGCCCGAGACAACGAGUCGUUUGAUGAUCCAGAAAGCUGUACCGAGCGACUCCGGGAUCUAUCGGUGCGAGCCGAGCAACGCGAAUCCCAGCAGCAUAAAGGUGCACGUUGUUAACGAGGAACAUCCAGCCGCGAUGCAUCAUGGGGACGGUAGCUCGUCGUACACCGAGACACGGCCGAUUUGUUUUAUAAUUUUAGUAAUAGCUAAUAUAAUGUUUAUAUAAGGCGAGAAGUACGGAAAAUACACUUUACCCCGACACACACGAUGAAACGAGAAGCGCGAUCGCCGAGAAUCGCGGGCUGCCUAUUUAACGUCGUUAAACGUUUCUUGGAUAAAAUAUUUGUGCAGGGUAAAACCGAACAUUACCAUUUACAUUUUAAAAGAAAAGAAAAAAAAACGAAACUUCCGUGACCAAAAGAAUUUUCAGAUAUCAGCACGGCACAAUAAUCGGUAAGAGCGUAGUAUUUUGUUAACAUAUAUCAUCAAGAACAAAUAACUUACGACGUCAAAAUUUAUUGUAUUAUUUGUAAAUAAAUUUAUUGUAUGUACAUAUCAAUAAAACGAUUGUCUUUA